AUGUCUGAUAGUGAUUACUUGACAGAAGAAUCGUAUGAGUUUGAAUUCGAGGAUGAUGAAGGAAGUGAGGUUGAAUUGGAUAACAACGAAGACGAACAGCUUCAAAACCAAUACUAUAAUGCCAAAGCAUACAAAGAUGACAAUCUCAACUUGGCAAUUGAAAAACUAAAGGAAAUAACAGAUAACGAACCCAAUAAUGAAAACAUGAUUUGGAUAUACAAAUCCACAAAGCAGAUUGCUAAGAUAUAUUUCCAUCAACAACAAUUUGAUAAAUUCUUAGAGUCACUCAAAAGUCUAAUAAAGUUAAUUCCUGAAGUAGAUGAUAAAUCAUAUUUGGAAGAAUCGAUAAAUAAGAUCUUCAUGAACUAUACCAACAUCAAAGAUAACCUGAUAGUGUUGAGGAUAUGUGACGUUAUAUUGGAAAUGAUGAGUAUGUUAGGUAAGAGUAACAACAAUGAUAGAUUAUGGAUCAAGGUCAAUUUGAACAAAUUAUCAAUUCUAUUAUUAGAUAGCUCUAAUUCCAAGAUAUGCCAUGAAAUCAUCACAGAAUUGAAUCAGAAAUUAAACGAAGUUUCUGAUAUUACCAGAGAUUCCUUCAGUCUUGAAGUUAUUGCCUCAGAGAUUGAAUUAUUGACCAUAACCAAUGAUCUAGAUAUGGAUAGAUUGGUUUAUUUAUAUGAGAAAUCCACGACAAUUACUUCUCCAGUUACUCAUCCAAGAAUUAUCGGAAUAAUCAAAGAAUGUGGAGGUAAAAUAGAGUUUUUUAAGAAGAAGUAUGAGAAUUCAAGACAAAACUUCUAUGAAAGCUUUAAGCAAUUCGAUGAAAGUGGAUCGAUUGAAAAGAAUAAAGUAUUCAAAUAUUUAAUUCUUUUGUCAAUUAUAUCAGAAAAUGAGUUCAAUCCGUUUGAAUCUCAAGAAACCCAGCAUUUCGUUGAAGAAGAAGAAUUUAGAUUAUUGAUAGACUUGAUUGAAAUCUUCAAUGAUUUGAAUUUGAAAGACUUCGAGAUAUUGGUUAAUGAUAUGGCUAAAUAUCCUAAAUCGCUGGACUUCUCAAAUGAUGAUAUUGUUAUCAAAUCUUUCCAAUUGAUCAAGGAUUUGAUCAUUGAUAAAAUUUUGAUUAAUUUAUGCAAAGCUUAUUCUAAUAUCAAAUUCGAUUAUCUUACAGAAUUUUUGAACUUACCUGAAGAUAAAAUAGUGAAAAAGAUUCUCAAGUUAAGCAAUCUGGGAAGGUUAUCCAAUAUAAAGAUAAACUUCAUAGACAGGAUAAUUGAAUGUGAGGAUAAUUCUAUCAAGUUACAGAUAAAUAACAAGAUGAUUUUGAAUAAUUUCAAGAAUUUCAGUGCCUUGAAUUUCCAAAUUGAUGAUGACAAAAUGCAAGUUGAUAAGAAAAGGGUUUCUGUACAAGAUCAAUUAUUAUUCAUUACAUCCAAAAAUCCUAUGGAAAAUGAAUAUUUAGGGUUCAUAGACCAUUGGUUUGGUCUGAUAAUCAAUUCCAUACCGAAAUACAAAAAAGGUAAGUUAUCCACUAAAGACAAGAUAUUCAUUGAACAAAAGAAUCAAACUGAACUUACUGAAGACAUCGAUAUUCGCAACCAUUUGAAAAAUUGGUGUAACGAAGUUUUGUCCUAUAACUUUGAAAAUUCUCACUGA